AUGGCGUCCAAAGCCUCGCUUCUCCGACGCUUCCGUGAGUCCGAGAAUGAGGCCGCCGACGAGUUUGCCCUGGAUUUCGGCGAGCUGGCCCAUAUCAAUCUCCAUCCUAAAUCCAGUCUGUCGGAACGGACUUCUGAAAACGACAUAUCCUCGGGCUUCGAGAAGACUUCGCCAGUGAAGGACCGAAACGGGAGAAAGCCGUUGUUCGUAAACAGCUUACCCGUCGAGAUUGGCCCGUUCGAGAGAACCUCUCCUACAAAAGGCAUGGAGCUGAUUCCAGAGACUCCAGGAGAAACACAGUUUGAUUUCAGCAAACAACUCAGGCAAAGCGGGCCAAUGACGCCGAUGGAACAGCAAGGUGCUCCCCGAAACCACCACAGAAAAACAUCCGUCAAAUUAUCGCUAACUCCAGCACAACGAAUGGGAAAGACGCCAGGCCUACGAACAAGCAACGCGUUGGACAACUUUAAGUUUUACGAAAAAGUAGGCAGAGGAGCCCAUGCUGACGUCUACAGAGGACGGAACUUGCGGACCAACCAGGUUGUGGCUAUCAAGCAGAUUCCGUUGGAGAGGGAUCACGACUUGCGUGCGUUGAUGGGAGAAAUCGACCUUCUCAAGAUCUUGAAGCACGAGAACAUCGUCAAAUACCACGGCUUCGUCAAAACCCUGAACUCCUUGAACGUGUUUUUGGAGUACUGUGCUGGCGGGUCAUUGAGGCAGUUGUACAAGAAACAAGGCCACGGCUUUCUGGAUUCCCAGAUCGUGCUGUACGUGAGACCUAUCCUCCACGGUCUAGGCUACCUCCAUGCUCAGGGUGUAGUACAUCGUGACGUGAAGGCCGCCAAUGUGCUUUUAACGGAUUCGGGCAAGGUGAAGCUCGCCGAUUUUGGUGUUGCAACCAAGGUAGCUACGCUGCACAAUACGGUUGUGGGAACUCCUAACUGGAUGGCUCCAGAAACGGUUCUUGGAGGCGAGGGCAUCUGCACGGCCUCCGACGUGUGGUCCUUAGGUGCUACGAUUAUAGAGCUUUUCACCACCAACCCUCCAUACCAUGAGCUUAACCCCAUGGCCACAUUACAUGCCAUAGGUACAGACGACCAUCCGCCUCUUCCGCCUGGUCUCACACCACUUGCAAAAGAUUUCCUACUAGAGUGCUUCCAGAAGCAGCCAACCCUUCGAAUUUCGUCCAAAUUGCUCUUGAAGCACCGCUGGAUGGAGGAUGGUGAGACACAAGGAAGCAAACACGAAGUUUCCGCUCGUCCUUCCCGCGAGACUUUCCAUCUGGGGGAUAGUUCCACCCCUUCAAAGAUCAAUAGCACUGCUGGCAGUCCGUCCCGGGAGAGGUACACGAGAAAUGAAUUACUCACGAAGUUCACUGAAAAUGAGGACGACAUGGACUUUUUGAAGGUUGGCAACGCGUCUUUGAGUUUGAAGGUCCAGGAAAAGCUACAGGAGGAGUCUUCCAAGGAUGCGUCGGAAGAAAAUGAUCCCUUCUUAGAGUUACUCGUGGAGAAUUUUGACACCGACGAACUCGAGGUCCAGAGUAAGAUGGAGCUUCUUUGCCACAAACUCAUAUCACGAGUGGACAACUGCCAUUAUGGCCAUGAGGACACGGCAAAGUCACUUCUCAAAAUAACAGGACGCAUGCUCCAGCUUAUCAAGAAAUACAGCAUUCUGCACGAAACACUCAUCAAAAACCAUGGUGUCUUGACUCUUCUCGAGCUUCUCGAGAACGCUCCAGAAAUGCCCGAUCUGAGUCGCCUCUGGUUUCAUGUUCUUGCGACACUCAAUCAUAUCUUCGACGGCAAUCUGGCGCAGCUUGAAAACUUCGCUCUUCUAGGCGGUAUUCCUAUGAUGACGCAAUUUACAAAGCUUUCAUAUGGUCUUCAGCCUAGGCUACAAGUUGUUAGAUUUAUCAAAAUCAUUCGCAAGUCAGACAAGGCGUUGACCAUGUUUGUCUCGUCGGGCGACCCCGACUUUCCACUCGUUUCCAUCCACUGCAUACACGAGAUCCUUUCCAAGGGUAUAACUCGUUUCAAAUCAGACAUGUGCCGUAUUUUGUCGAAGUACGGAGUUGUAUUCUGGUUCGUGGUUCUCCUCAACAGGCUCACAAAGUACAAGAAGAUGCCAGAAAAUUUGGUGCCUCAAGAGUACGUUGAGGUGACUAUUGACAAGAUACUUGACGUUCUCAAAUACUUCGGCCAAGCAGAACCAAGAGUGAGAAUAAAUAUUGUCAGCUCGGAUUUGGUGAAGCUCCUCAUCAAGGUGUAUCCGUCAGUGCACCUCCAGCGGCAGAUGGUUAUUCUCAAAUUCUUCCGGUCAAUCAGUUGCAUUUCAGAACUCCUUCGUCUGUUGCAUGCAGCCGACAUUUUGGAGUUUUACGUUUCUGUCUUGAAUGGCCACCCAGCUUACAGUGCUCACUACAAGGAAGUGCUCAACAUCGUGUGUCCUUCGCUCUAUAAUUGUUGCUAUUUGAACCAUGGCAAAGAGCUCGAGUUGGUCAAGCUUGGUGCAGUUCCAAUCUACAAAGAACUUUCUAAGAUUAAUCUCCCAUUUCGGCAAUUCGUGUUACCCAUCUUGUGUGAGUUUGUCUACUGCGACAACUAUGUCCGCCAGAUGCUUUACAAGCACAGCAUUCUCAACGUUUACCUCAAUCUUCUCGUUGAUCCAUACUGGCAUUCGAAUGCGAUGGACUCAAUCCUUCACUGGUCAUUGCAGGAUACUUCACUUCGUUGGCUAGAGGAACCUCAUGCUCGCGAAUGUCUCUUGAACGGGUUCAUGCUAUCAAAGGUUUCAAACCUCGAGGCUGCGCUUAACAACUACCUCCAUCUUGUGGCAUCAAGUACUGUGGUGCUUAGAUUGAUGACUCGUGAUUUAAUUGUCUCUCAGAUCCUUACUAAACUCACAGUCUACAACAGGAAUGCAGUUGUCAAAUUAUCGCUCCUCAGAAUCCUUCAUUACAUCAUGUCUAAUGCCACCAGAUACGGAGGAAUUACCAUAACGGCUUCCAUCCAACCAACUCUCGAUGCUGUUACCGCUAAGGAAACUUCUGUGGUAUCCCAACUCGAUGCAUAUAUUCUCGAUAACGAGCUCUUCAGCUUGCUCAAACAACAGCUCUCUGAUGUUUUCGCGCUACAUAGUAACAAGCCCUGGUCAUACAGCCAGAACCCAGAGAUCUGGUCUCUAGGCUUGAACUUGCUAAUCUUCCGUCUUACGACUUUGAAGUCAGGCUCAUCGUAUGGUCUCAAAUUGCAAAACUUAAAACUUACGAAUUCGCGAACAGGCAAGAUAAUUGGAAGUCAAGCUCGUUAUCUCCUCCUAGCAGUCAUUAUCGGCGACUUCCUCUACAAAAAAGCCGAGUCAUACUUGUAUUCCGUCGACGAGAAUGUAAGGCAGUCCAGGGAGACUUUGAUCGAAAAGGCAAAGACCUUCUUGAUAAAGAACAAAUCUCGCAUUCUUGGCCGUAUCGACGACGGUGUGAAGAUUCUCAACUUGAUAAACUUCAUCUUGUUUCUCGUGCAAGGCAGAUUUCCGACCUUGAUGCAUAGAAUCUUGGGCAUUUCGCUCACACCAGUUGUUGCUGACUUGUUGAAGUUCAACGGUGACAAUGUGAACUUCGAAUUCCAGAAUCGUCAAUUAGUCUGGAACGUCAUGACCGAGUUCUUGGUAUUCACUCUCCCAUUACUUCAUCUCAGAAAGUGGCGCAGAAUACUUUCAAAGCUUGUUCCGUUCAAUAAGAACAAAAGCUCAAUCCCCCUUGUAACCGCCUCCCCGGUUCAUACAAAAUACUUCAACCUCCCAAGGUCACAGUGUGCUAUUUGCAUGGAAUUUGCACAAGCUAGUGGUAUCAAAGCAGCGUCUACAUACGUGACAAACGCAUGCAUUACUAACUGCGGGCAUAUAUUUUGCUAUGUGUGUUUGGCAGUUCGGUUCAAUGCUAUAGAAAAUGGCAGCGAGGAGGCUGAAGGUUGUCCAAGGUGUAGAAUGAAGCUCACCUCGUUCAGACUUUAUGGAUCUGAAAGCGCUGAUGUUGAUGAAGAUGCAAUUGUUGUUCCCUAUGAGGAGAAUGAGGAGGAUGAACUGGACGACGAGGUUGUCGAGGAGGAAAAGACCGAUAAUCAGCGGAAUGAAGAUGUCGAGGAUGUCAUUGGAUCAGGCCCAGAUGAAGAGUCCAGUGAGGAGGAUUUCAGCGAUAAUGAGGACCUUGCAGAAGAAGUCGAUGAUUUCGAGGAAGAUGACUUCGAUGAGGCCAUGGAUUUUUAA